UGAUUAAAGAGCAUGAGGCUCACUGUCAAACGGCAGGAACAAGUGGAAGUCGCCACAUUCGUGACCUGAUAUUUAAACGUGUCUUCAACCUUACAGCCAUGAGCAAAAGAAAAAAGGGUUUUAAAUGGUUCGGGAGCCUCACCAACCUCUCCUCCCGCCGCUCAUCAGAGAAGAGCAACAACAAAGCAGCUUCUCAGCUGAACAAGAGUCUCUGUGGAGCCAAACAAGCAGCAGCAGCAGUGGAGGAAGAGAAGCAGUCAGUCGACGACAUGGAUUCGGGUCUCCGCAACUCCAGUUAUGCCCGCUCCAGCGACAUGUACACCCAUGUUGGGACUGUUCCCCGCAGCGAGAAGAAGAGUAGCUUUAAGGGCCUGAAGGCUGCAAUGGGCAAAGAGGAGAUGAGUUUGAAGGCAGAGGAACAUGUUCGAGACUCCCCCCUCCUUAGUGCUCUGUCCACACUGAGCUUUAACAGCACGGAGAAGCCUCAGCCCGUUUUGGCUCGGCCGCUUCCCGCUACACCCUGCAGAGCCUCACCUUUGACCUCAGCACCUGCCAGCUGCCUCACUGAUCUGUCAGAUGAGCGGGUUAAACCGUGCAAGGCGAAAAGGGGCGAACAUGCAACAGAGGAUUUAAACAUGGUUAUAAAGCAGGACGUUUAUGUUCCAAUGGACCCAAUUUCUGACCCAAAAGCUGAGAAGCAGGAAACCACUGAGACUUUGAAGAAUGAGGAGCCAGACAGCAGGUUCACAAAAGUGACGAACUGUGGUGGAGAAUAUGUGAAAUUCUCCAAGGAGAUGUUGGAGCCACCGUCGGAAAAAAUGAAGAAACAGCUGGAGGAGGAGCUUAGGCUGAGUCACUCCAACCUGAAGAGCCAUGCCUGGUACCACGGACCGAUACCCUGGGAGGUGUCAGAAAGUUUGCUGGUGAACGGAGGAGAUUUCCUCCUCAGAGACUCACAGUCCAUAAAGGGCGGCUUCGUUCUCACCUGCCGCUGGGAGCAGGAAACCAUUCACUUACCCAUCAGGAAGACGGUGAUUCAGGCCGCUGAGGCUCACAGCAGGACCAAGUACAGCCUGGAAGGAGAGGCCUUUUACUCCAUCCCAGAUCUGGUUCACUACUAUGUGGGCAGCCGGGCGGCUCUGACGCUGCGCAGCAGAGCUCAGAUUAACCAGCCGGUGAACAGAAGGCUACCGCUCAGUUUCCUGGAGAGCGCCUUUAGAGGACCAUCCAACCAAAGGGAGCUAAAGGAGGACGGGAUAAGGGACAAGCUGGUCUGUCCAAGCAGUCCUUCCUCCCUCCAACACAAAACUACAGGAACUGAUGGGAAACACGACAGUUGGAAACUGAGUCCUGCAGGAGUUUCUUCUACUAGUGAGUUAUUCUUCCCUUUAAUCUGCUUGUUAUCUCUGAUGUACAACAUGUCAAAGGUUAUUUAA